AGCUACAGCUGCGCGGCUCCACACACUCUCAGCAUGGAUGUAAGGUUUUAUCCGACCGCUGGUGGGAAUUCUAUUCCAGGAGAUCCACCCAACCUGGAUUUUGCCCACUGUUUGGGCUACUACAACUUCAACAAGUUCCAGAAUAACAACAACUACAUGAACAUGGCCGAGGCGAAUGGUGCCCUGCUCGCCGCUGGGGAUACUUUUCAUACGCCCAGCUUGGGAGACGAGGAGUUUGAGAUUCCUCCCAUUACACCUCCACCUGAGACGGAGUCCGGUCUGGGUCUAUCAGAGGUCGACUCACAGUUCCCACCGAUGCCAGAGCCCCCAGCUCCGCACAGGGGUCCCUUAAUCCCCCAGUUCCCCCCACAGAGCCUGGAUCUGCCCUCGAUUACCAUCUCACGCAACAUGAUGGACCAAGAGGGGGUGUCUGUCAACAAUGGCCAGCCUGUGAAUGUUGGACCGGGCCAUCUACGUCAGUACCCACCCAACCCAGCCAUGGUGAUGAAGUCCAUCAUCAGCAUGAACAGCCCUAAUGGCAUGAUAUCAAGGAAUCAGCUGACCACCAUCAACCAAUCUCAACUCAACGCACAGCUGAGCUUAAACAUGGCGGGACCCAACAUCACCCACACUUCCCCGUCACCACCUGCCAGCAAGUCGGCAACCCCGUCUCCCUCCAGCUCUAUCAACGAAGAUGACCAGGACGACGGCAACAGGGUCAUUGGAGAGAAGCGACCAGCCCCCAUAGAUCCCACAAAGAAACCCAAGACUCCCAAAAAGAAGAAGAAGAAGGAUCCCAAUGAGCCCCAGAAGCCAGUGUCAGCUUACGCUCUGUUCUUCAGAGACACCCAGGCCGCUAUCAAGGGUCAGAAUCCCAACGCCACCUUUGGAGAAGUGUCCAAGAUUGUGGCUUCCAUGUGGGACGGUCUGGGAGAGGAACAGAAGCAGGUUUACAAAAGCAAAACAGAAGCUGCCAAGAAAGAAUAUUUAAAAGCCCUUGCAGCAUACCGUGCUAGUCUGGUUUCCAAGGCUGCAGCGGAAUCGGCUGAGGCCCAGACUAUCCGCUCAGUGCAGCAGACUCUGGCCUCCACCAGCCUGUCUCCUGGCCUGGUGCUGCCAUCACCCCUCAACCAGCACCCCUCCAUGUCAUCAGCUGCCCAGGCCCUCCAACAAGCCCUGCCACGGGCCAUUGCCCCAAAACCCUUGCAGAUGAGACUAGGGGGCAGCCAGAUCGUGACCUCGGUUACAGUUUCCCACCAGAACAUGUCCUCCGGGAUGCCACCACAGCUGCUCGGCCAGAUGGGUGCCGGAGGGGCCAUGGUGGCGGGUGCCCAGUCCACAGCGGUGUCUCAGAUGAGCCCACCCAUGCAACCGGUGCAACAGCAUGCGAUGCAGCAGCUCCAGCAGCAGCAGCAGCAGCAGCAGAUGCAGCAGCACCUCCAGCAUCAUCAGAUGCAGCAGCAGCAGAUGCAUCACCAGCAGAUCCAGCAGCAGAUGCAGCAUCAGCAUUUCCAGCACCACCUCCAGCAACAGCUGCAGCAGCACCACAUGCAGCAGCAGCAACAGCAGCAGCAGCAGCAGCAGCAACAACAACAGCAACAACAGCAGCAGAUGCAACUGCAGCAUAUGCAGAUGCAGCAUCAGCUGCAUCAACAGCAGAUUCAACAUCUCCAGCAGCAGCAGCAACAACAGCAGCAGCAGCAGCAGCAGCAUCAGUCCCAGUGUUCCCCACCCCAGCAUUCUCCUGGUACACCCCAUUCAGUGGGAGGCUCUGCUUCACUUGGCAGCCCCCAGCCAGCCCCGCAGCAGCAACCACACCCCUCCCAAAUCCAGGCCCAUGCCCAGGUCCUGUCCCAGGUCAGCAUUUACUGAGCCAAAUGGAAAUCCUAUCUCAAAGAACAGGAAUAGAAUAAAAGCAUCAUUCCACGUUGCUUUUCUAAGUUGCACUUAAGAAGUGUUUAAGAUUUAGAAUGUUAUACAAAGAACUUGUCCAUUGUUAUAGACAGAUAUGCACAUGCGUGUACAGGAGGUAAACAUGUUAGCUGGGUUUUUGUCUAUAAAAUAGGCUGAGCUAUGACAGAAGCCUGUUAUGGUGAGCACCCAGUGAUUGUUUGUUUGUUUGUGAGGUCUUUCAGUUGUCAAUUUAAACUGACUGGACACACAGUAUGUUGAAAGAUGUGUAUCUUUCACUGUUUUAUUUAACAAUAAAGCUUUAUUUAUGAGGCCAGAAUUGGACAGUGUAAGGACAUUCUGAAUGCGUUUCAGCAAAAGGAUUUUUAUCAGCUCUGGCCUGGACUGAAUGACUCACAGGAUCCUUGCUGGAAACCAGUAACCCACACAUCAGUCUUUGUUCCCACACUGGCCAGUAUAUAGCAGACUUUCUUUACUCCAACCUUUCUCUUUCACCCAUCCUUCUCGCAGAUGUAACUGUUCAAAUCAUCACACAUUGGAGGCUCAGUGAUAUUUGAACCUACAUUUAUAAACCGUGUUACAAAUACAGACAAUGUCUUUGAUGAGGGGAACUGAUAAUAAAAGGUUUUGGGAUGCAGAUGAGUGGAUGAACGACUGAACAGACAGAGACAGAAACUGCCAUAAAUCAUUUACGUCACCAUAUCAUCAAACUGUAGCUGUAAUCUGCUGUACAUGUUUUGUAGAGCGGGGAGAGACGAGACCUCCUUUACCCAGUAAGAUAAUUUGCCCAAAAGCGUGUAACUGGCAGCACUCCCCCCAAAAAUUCUUCUUUAAUCUAUUUGUUUUUACUUCAGAUGUUUAACAAUUAAAUUAUGUUUUUAUUUUGUGUAACAAAGGGGAUAUUUUAUGGUAAAUACAAAUUUCUGGAUCAAGGCAGAUGGUUUGGGGAUUGAUGUAUUUUUACUCUGCUCCUUGAUACUGUCAUUGUUUUAAAAAAAAAGGAAAAAAGAAAACUAGCAGAGCCAGUUUGUUGCACUGCCAAAGCCAACUAAAAAGGCAUCGGAGGUAUUUUUGCCAGCUGUACAGAAGUCCCUGAAAAAAAAAACGAAAAUGUUGUACAUUUUUCAUAUCACCUGUUGUAAAGUUUUAAUAUGUGAGGCUUUAAUUAAAACAUUGUUAAACGACCUGUGGAUUGCUAUAUCACAUAGUGCAUUUCUGCUCUUUUAUACUUUUUUAUGAGUUACAAUAGCAGCGAUUAAUUUUGUUUGUAUUUUGCUUACAGACCAAUUGCAUUUGAAAAACUGUCCAUAGAAUAAAUGCAUAUUGGUAUGGAGUUCUUGAAAAGUUGUUUUCAGCUCACGAUAGAAAAAGUAAUUUAAUGUUGGAGUUUUUG